AUGGGUGUAGUCCCCAAAGACACACCAUUCCUGUCUAAUCAGAGCUGCAAAUCAGUGUGCCCUUUAGCUAUUGCUAAUUGUAAGGAAGACAGGUAUGUUGUAUUUAAAUUUGAUUCAUUAGUCAAAUAGUUAUUUGCUUCCAAAAUAACUAGUUUUGUUAGUGAAAAUUUUUAUUGUACCGUUUUGACUGUGUAAUUUUUGGUUGUCGACCAGUUAUAAGUGCAAGCUGAAAUAAUUUGUAGAUUUACAACAAAUUUAUUAUAUCAGGCCUUUAGAAAGGCCCCAGUAAACAAUCAUUUUUGAAAAUUUUACCGCAAAGGUCUUAAUUUAUUAGUGGGCCACUCAAACCCGACCUUAUGUUUUCAAGUCUUAAGAACUAUCUGCUGCAGACUAGACUAGCAGUAUGGUAUUUCCUUUUCCUUCUUUUUUUUUCAUUUUAGUAAUAACUUCAGUUUACUGGUAACUUUACUUUUUAUUAUUAUUAGGGAAAACCUAAAAAAGCUGAUUGUUAAUGUCAACAAACAAAAGGAUGCACUAAAGAAGAAUGGAAUCACAGUGGAUGGAGUGCAUUUAUAUGCUGUGAGAUUUAAAGGUAAGUUUCACAUAAUAAUUAAUAAUAAUUAAUGUACAUUGACCUCUUUUUAAAAAUUUAUAUCUACAGUUAUACUUGACCUGAAGGCCCUCAAUCUUUUGCUGGAACAAAUAGGGAAAGCGAACUUUCAGCUUGGGAAACGAAGAACUGAAGUAGAUUGUUGCUUUAUCUGCAAAGCAUUGAGGGUAUUUGUAUAUAUUCAAAAUCUCUGAGUCAAAAAAUUCUACUAUGCAGGAUUUGACCUUACCAAUGACCAACUUACCAAUACAUGCCAGUACUAUUAGAUUUUCAGUUUUGCUGGGUAAAAUUUGUUAGUAAAAACUAGCUACAGGGCUGGUGAAUAAUGGCUCUUUUUAUUGUUGCUUUAUUAGAAAUGUAAUUGCAAUCUUGGUCUGCAUACAGUUUGUUUGGAACACUUUAGCAUGUCCAAGGCCAAUUGUAUUGGAGGGUAA